AUGCAUUUGUUCUUCCAAAAAUGGGAAGUGGAAGGUCUGCAGACUCUCGGCAUCCUCUUGGUUGUAUGCAGCUCGCUAAAACUUAUGCACUUUCUCGGGCUUAUCGAUCUGUCCGUGGAAGGUAAUCCUUCCAACAGCCAAAGCAAAAAAACCAUAAAGCAGCGAUUCCUCAAGCUGCUGCCAUGCUGCAAACCCACGGUGGUCCCCUCAAUAAGUGAAAGCAACGUGGAGGAUGACUUUGAGCUGUCCACUGUGUGCCACCGCCCGGAGAGCAUGGACAAGCUGCAGGAGCAGACCAAGUUCUCCAAGAAGGAGCUGCAGGUCCUCUACAGGGGCUUCAAGAAUGAGUGUCCCAGCGGCGUGGUGAACGAGGAAAACUUUCAGAACAUUUACUCACAGUUCUUCCCUCAGGGAGAUUCAAGUAUGUAUGCACAUUUCCUGUUCGAAGCGUUUGACACAAACAAAAAUGGUUCAGUUAGUUUUGAGGAUUUCGUAUUCGGCUUGUCGAUAAUUCUCAGAGGGACUGUUAAUGACCGGCUAAACUGGGCAUUCAAUCUCUAUGACCUCAACAAAGAUGGAUGCAUCACAAAAGAUGAGAUGCUGGACAUAAUGAAGUCCAUCUAUGACAUGAUGGGGAAAUAUACGUACCCAACUAUGCAGGAAGAUGCACCGAGGGAACACGUAGAGACUUUUUUUCAGAAAAUGGAUAGAAAUAAAGAUGGUGUAGUGACUAUAGACGAAUUUAUUGAGUCUUGCAAAAAGGACGAAAACAUUAUGCUGUCCAUGCAGCUGUUUGAUAAUGUCAUCUAA